UUCCCGAGGAAGUGAGACUUACUUCAGAGGACACAGCGGCUGAGGACACGGUUCUCCUGCUGGCUACUGGGAUGCUCUGGACGAGAAUGGAGCUGCCAUGUUGGUGUUUGUUGCUGCUGAGCUGCCUGCAGUCACUUUCAGCCCACAAUGAUUUCUUCACCUCCAUAGGCCAGAUGACAGAUCUGUUGUACACUGAAAAGGACCUCGUCACGUCUCUGAAGGAUUACAUCCGAGCGGAGGAGAACAAACUGGAGCGGGUCAAGCGGUGGGCCGACAAGUUGGAUUCCUUGACAGCAACAGCCACACAAGACCCAGAAGGGUUUUUGGGUCAUCCCGUCAAUGCCUUCAAACUGAUGAAGAGGCUGAACACAGAGUGGGGGGACCUGGAGAGUCUUGUGCUUAGUGACACGACUGAUGGAUUUAUCUCCAACCUGACCAUCCAGAGGCAGUACUUCCCCACAGAGGAGGACCAGACUGGAGCGGCUAAAGCUCUUCUCCGGUUACAAGACACCUACAAGCUCGACGCCAACACCAUCUCCACAGGAAAUCUUCCUGGCGUGAAGCACAAGAGCCAGAUGACAGUGGAGGACUGUUACGAGCUGGGUAAAAUAGCCUACUCGGACGCCGAUUAUUACCACACAGAGCUGUGGAUGGCGCAGGCCCUGAAACAGCUCGACGAGGGAGAGGAGUCCACCAUAGACAAGGUGACGGUUCUGGACUACCUGAGUUAUGCCAUCUACCAGCAGGGGGAAAUAGAGCGAGCGCUGGAGUACACCUUGAGGCUGCUCAAACUGGACCCGGAGCACCAGCGUGCCAAGGGCAACUUGAAGUACUUCGAGUUCCAGCUGGAGAAGCAGAGAAAAGCUGCCGAGGAAACGGCUCGGACGCAAGAGGAGCGUGGCAAGAGAGACACGAGCGAAAAGAAGAAGCAAAAGAAGCAAAAGAACUCCUUCUCUAUGAUCCCAGAGAGGAAGAAGUAUGAGAUGCUUUGUCGAGGGGAGGGCCUCAAGAUGACCCCGCGCAGACAGAGCCGGCUGUUCUGUCGAUACUUUGACAACAAUCACCACCCCAGGUUUGUGCUGGCGCCGGUCAAACAGCAAGACGAGUGGGACCGCCCCUACAUCGUCCGCUACCUUGACAUCAUCUCCGACGCAGAAAUCGAGAAAGUCAAGCAACUGGCAAAACCACGACUAAGGCGAGCCACGGUGCAUGACCCUCAAACGGGGAAACUUACCACAGCCCAAUACAGAGUCUCCAAGAGUGCUUGGCUCACCGGCUACGAGGAUCCUGUGAUUGAAAGGAUCAAUGAGAGGAUUGAAGCCAUUACAGGUCUGGAAAUGGACACAGCAGAAGAACUCCAGGUUGCAAAUUAUGGUGUUGGAGGGCAGUAUGAACCUCACUUUGACUUUGGAAGGAAAGAUGAGCCAGAUGCGUUUAAAGAACUGGGAACUGGAAAUCGUAUUGCAACGUGGCUUUUUUAUAUGAGCGAUGUGACUGCAGGGGGCGCCACAGUAUUUCCAGAUGUAGGUGCAGCUGUUUGGCCUAAAAAGGGUACCGCUGUGUUCUGGUACAAUCUUUUUGCCAGCGGGGAAGGAGACUAUAGCACCAGGCAUGCAGCCUGUCCGGUGUUAGUGGGCAACAAGUGGGUAUCAAACAAGUGGAUCCACGAACGAGGUCAGGAGUGGCGGCGACCCUGCGGCCUGAAUGAAACUGAAUAAUGUUUGUUUUUUUUUUAAAGAAAAAAAAACAACCCUUCCUAUCGAAUCCCUUACCCCUCGCCUCAUUCUUGUAAACCACCGAGGACCAGAGAACACUGCAAACACGUCACAGAUGAUCCAUGGGGUCCAAAUGGAUCCCUUCCUCCCUCCCUGUCUGUCUGUCGGCAAACAGUCGAUUCUGCUUCUCACCUGUUUUCUGUCUGCAAGCCCGGAGAUUGUUUUGAUAACAUCGAGCCCCCUGGACAGCGUCCGCGUCGCCGUGACGGAUAACAUUUUCUUAGGGUCGUCGGAUUGGUUUUGAGAAACACUCGAGUUCUGUUCACUCCCAUGAGUCUUUCUUUGCACUCUGAGUGAACUCCAGCUCUCUGUGGUGAGGUUAUCCUUCAGUUUGUGACUGCAGGGGCCAGUUUCCCUCUCUUUAAAUUGAAUGGUAAAGGAUUUUUUUUUUUUUCCUUUUUCACAUUUUUAUGUGGACUGUUUGAAUUAUUUUGUUUGACUGACGUGACCCUAGGCCCUUAGAGUUUUUGGAAACUGUAACGUUUUAAUCAGUUCAGUAAAAAAAAAACAGAAAAAAAAAAUUGUAGCAGUUGUAAA